AAGCCAUUUGUGGUUUUCGCUGACGUAGCGCAAAAAGCCAUGCGCGGACAAGAUUAGCCAUGAGUGCGAUGGUGCUUGAUUUGAAGGCUUUGGCUUUACACAACUGUCUUCAGCAACUCGGUCGGCAAGCCUCUCCUGCUCCCGAAGCCAACGUCCGAAGUUCGUGCAUAAAAUUGCUGACAGAGACACUUCACAAAGUGGAUCCCACUUGGGUGGUGAAGCCCUUUGGCAGCAGUGCUAAUGGCUUCAGCAGCAAGGAGCUGGGCGGAUACGUGGCUUGGGAGCUAGAGUCCGAGAUCCAUAGAGCUGCAUAGAUGCACAACAACUGUGCAAAGGUUGAACAAAAUCAUAGUGGUAAUUGUGCGUAACAGGUAUAUAGUUAUACUGUUAUAGAUUGCUCCUUGCACUCUGAUUCGAGUCGCUACCGAUGCAGGAACAUGCACACACACAAUGUGAUGAUGCACACGUGCCGGCAAAAUCAGGACCAGUGACCGUGACCUGUUGUUCGGCGGAUGUGAAAAGUGCACGGGGAGGCUCUUGACUUCCGACUUCCCCGAGCGAUCGGAUUUCGAUCCAGUUGGCGCUCUCAAGCUCUGGUGACGGCCUUGGAGAGGGCCAUGUUGUGGGAAGUGGACCCGGAUUCUCUUCGAAUCAUCCCUUUCCAUGACCUCCAUGCUCACCAACCCGGUGUAACCAACCUUGGAGAGCAGGCAGCUCUUUCGUUUGCGCCAUGAAGGCGGUUUAACGAUUGUCCAAGCGGGCGCUGGGCAAAAGAGAUGAGUCGAACAACAAGGUCCAAGUGCAACAGCUUUCUUCACAUAAGCAAGCCUCCAUAUCGAUGGGAAAGGAAGGUCAGGAUGCCGAAUUGGCGGUGUCGCGUAUGCCGAAGGAAGCGGCCCUGAAAAGCAGCGUUUGCCACAACAGGCCAUUCCCAAUGGCAUCUUAGAGCAUUUCCUGCUUGAGAUCUCUGACUCUCAAAAAGUAGAUGUGUAUAUAGUUGAUACACUUUGCAUAUGAAUGUGGGAUUCCGUGGGAUAUGGCAGGACUCAGACCUAGACUUGACCUGCGUCAUCCCAAACGUCGCCGUUGCAGCAGCGUUGGAGAUCUUUGCAGAAAAGCGCCAGGUGGUAUUGAGUACCUUAGAAGCCGCCGGUAUUGAAGUUUUUCAAGAGAUAUGGACUGCCAGAGUGCCUGUGGUCAAGAUGAAGUUUGCUGGUUUCUUGGAGGUGGACCUCACGUUUCAGAACAAUGCUGCCUUGGUGAACACGGAGCUGCUCAAAGCAUACUCCAACAUGUGUCCCCAGCUCCGCGAACUUGGCAUAGCUGUCAAGCGCUGGGCAAAGGCAGCUGGUGUGUGUGGUGCACCUCAAGGGCACCUCUCUUCGUAUUCAUUUACCCUCAUGGCGAUCUACUUCAUGCAGACCUGCCAUGGGUUGCCAUGCUUGCCAACAGAUGCAUUCUCUGAGGAUGGCCCAGCGCCCAAUGUUCGCAAUUGGCGUUGGGAGAGCCCUUUGCCCGUGCCAGCCCUGCUGAUGCAGUUUUGCUUAUUCUAUCACCACGAGUUCCAGUGGGGCACUGAAGUGGUGUCGCCACGUAUGGGAUGCCGGAUGACGAUUCGUGAGCAAUGUUUCUCCUGGCUCGAGACUUGGGGUGAAUCACGGCUACAUAUUGAAGAUCCCUUCAUCCUGGAGAGAAAUUUGAACUGCGUUCUAGGCUCAUGGCAAGAAGGCAGGCUGAGAGAGGUGCUCCAGGAGAGCGCCUUAGCCAUGAUUUCUGGCAAGCUACCGAGGUGCUUGGACAGCACAGCCAACGCAGAGGACACUGCCAGUACAGAAACUCCAGCAUCUGGAGUUGCCGACAAGACCCCUGCCUUAUCGUCCGAUGCUGAAGACCUUCAAAAGCCUCCGGUGAAGGAUUCUCCCGGAGCUGCAGCUUCUCCUGGAUCGCCUGCUCGAACCUCCAGGGCACCUGAGCCGUCUGAGGUGCCAGUGACGGUUCUUCGCUUGCAAGAACCACGAGAGGAUGAGAAGGAGAACGAAGAGAAGGAGAUGAAGCGAAUGAUUGAGUUGCUGAGCAACAGAGUGUUGUGUUUGUAAAUCUCCUCGCCCAGCUGGGGUUUUAAAAACAAGUGUAUUGAUGGCAGUGUAAAGAUUUUGGUUACAGUACUGUAAAAUACCACUGUGAAAUAUUACAUGUAACAGGAUUGUUGUUUUUUCUUCACGCGAGUUCUUGG